UCCUUACGGGGCAGUAUCGGUCGGAUCCUAUUGGGUGACGAUGGUACCGUGGCCCCUCAGGUCAAUCCAACGGGCAACAUACCUCUGGUUGUAGUAAAGAACUCUGGGGGCUUUGUUAGGAAUAUUAUUCAGGCAACUCCACGUGCCCUAAAGAUCUACUCAAAUGGUUGCACCACAGAAUCACGUGGGGUUUCACCGACAUUCGUCGACGUCCAAAAUGCAAUUCCCUCCGGAGUGUUGGCGGAUUUCAAAGGAGCUUUUAUAAAGUCUUUCAGAAGGACGCACGAUAUCCAUGGAGAGACAGUGGACACGGAAAACUUCGUCUUUGUCCACGAUUUCUCACAAGGAGGGGACAUUUCGGGCAGCGUUCUCUAUGCCCUGAUGACGUCCGCUGAAGAUGAGCUAUCCUUCCUGAAAUUGGCCAUAAUAUGGGACAGACUGGAAAACUUUGUGCAAUGUGUAAACGAACGGAGAAAACCCCUAGAACAAAAGGAUGUAAGCGAGCUGUUGUUGCUGGCUCUCCAACACAACCGCCACAAUUUUAUUGACGAAUUGGCGAAGCUCGACCUUGGGAAAAACUUGAGGAUGAAUUUGCAAGAUUUGGCCUUCCUCUAUAAUCGUGGUGCGGGCACUCAGAACCUUCGCAGUAUACUCAAUGCUUGUGGACUCAGCUCAAAGUCUAAAAAAGACGACGGCGAGGACGACGAUGAUGGCGAGAACGACAACAAAGACAGCGAGAACGAGGACUCGGAAGAGGAGAAGAAGAAAAUGCUGUCGAUGCUGCUUGCUCUGGCAAAAACUAAAAUCCGUCAACGUCCACUGAAGCGCACAAUUUACCUAGACGAGGUUUAUAUUUUGCUGAAGCGGAUUUUCGCUGAAAUGGACAUUAACUUGUACAGAGAGGAUAAGAAGGGCCGUUUGCAUGAUGACUACUUGAGCAACGAACUGAAUGAGCCAUUAAAGCAUCUCGUCAUCUGGGCAGUGCUCAUGGACUAUCCUGAACUAGCCCACAGCCUGCUACAACACUGCCCUAAUCCGACCUGUAUGGCUCUACUCGGCAGCGCAGUUUACGACCACUGCAGUCGGUACAUUCCUUCCUACAACAAUGAAACUAAGAUACGCUAUAGGGAACAGGCUCAGACGCUGGAAAAUAUGGCCAGCCAAAUCGCUACGACAAUGCAUGAGAAAAACAAGGUAACGCCCUUUCAUUCAACUGUCUAG